AGUGGUGUUUUUAAAGGGACAGGCUCGGUUUUAAUGGGCGACGGCUGGCUGGGGAAAAUAAGACAGACGAGAGCGAACACACACACACACACACAGAGAAAGAAACAAGGCCCGGGUGGCGGAGGACGUGGAUUCUAAAGAAAAGGAGCUGAGAUUUGGGGUGUAUAUAGAGAGAGACAGGGCGGUGUAAUGGAGGUGUGUUGAGAAGGUGGAGAUGGUGACACGGGUUUGAUGGCGAUGUGUUUGGACUGGAAAGGAGAGGAAAAGAGAGGAGAUCUGAUCUGAUCCGCUGUUGCUAAAAAUAAAAAGAAGGAGAGCAAACUCUUCUGUUUUUUCUUGCUGGAUCUGGAAGCGACUUCCCCCUGCCAUUGUCAUCUCCUUCUGUUCACACACUCAACCCGGGGACGGACAGAUUGAGAGGAAGAGACGGGGAGAGAGGAAGAGGAGAAGAGAGGAGGUGUGUAGCAAAGAGUUCGGCGUGUGUAUGGAAUGCCCUGCUCAGGAUGCAGCCCUCGAGCGACCCAUCAGGAGCCCUGCAGUGGCGUGAUUGGCCACUGGCCGGGUCUGGGCGGAGCUUGAGGGUAGACAUCAUCAUCAUCGGUUUGUUUUGUUCAACACUUCAUUGACACUCCGCCCCUUUGGCCUUUGUUCUCCUCCUGAGUAGGAAUGCUGUUGUUGCGUCACACGAGCAGCGUCGGAGACGGCCGGACUCACGGGCUAGUCUCAGGGCCAGAGGGCAGAGGUCAACACGGGUGGACGCGGAACGAGCAGGCACACGUGCGUCGUGCUUCAAGGCAUUAUGGGAAACGUAGUAUGCCGAUGCUAAAGCGGACCUCCGGGAUCUAAAGAUCUAAGUGCUGCUUUUUUCUUCUUCUUUUUUUUCCGCUCUGUUGAACUCUGCAGAACUUUUUAGGACUUUUUCAGUAUAAGUAUAUACGUAAAAUACCGUGCAAGGAAGAAAGCAACAUCGCCAUGCGUCAUAUCCACGUGGAGCUGGUCCGGAAGGAGGCUCAGGCCGGAGAUCUGCCGCCGCCCAGCGACCCGCAGGUGACCUUCGACCCCCAGCCAAGACCAUUGAACCAGGAAGAGCUGCGGCUGCAGAAGGUUUAUCAACUUUCCAUCUUUUCCCAGAGAGGAGGGUUUAAAGGGGGUACGAAGCGCGGAUUAGACAAAGCCUCGGACCCAGUUGUCGCCCCCAAACGCCUCCUUCAGGACGAGGAAGAUGAAGAGGACGAGGACGACGACGAAAUGGAAGGCGAGGUGCUGUGUGGAAGAGGCUCCUCCCCCUUGCUACCGGUUCUCCCCGCAAAAGACGCUUUUGCCCCGCUGUCACCCAAAUCGCCCGCUAUGGUGGACCCUCACCUGCCCCCUACUGCCCCGCUGGAGCCCCCGCAGUCUUCACGUCUGCCCUUAACCCCUACCGAGGCUGUGGAAUGGGGGGCGGAGCUCGAAAAGACCCCACCUCCGUCAGAAAGACAGCCCCACCCACCGUCGCCGCCUUCCUGCUCCAACGGGUCGAGUUCUUCAGACAGGAGUGGUGAAGUGAAGAGGAAGAAGCUGCUGUCGUUCAGUGACGUUGGAGACUCGUGCUCUGAGGACGAAGGACCUUCCACGUCCAAGCGCUGCCGUCUGGCGCUGACCCCCGGGAUCGGACUGGCACCAGGACGCAGCACUGACUCCAAGGCUGCCCCCUACUGGACACACCUCCUACCCACAACCAGAGAGCAGGGCAAAAGCUCGGCUGAGUGUUCCCGAUCGUCACAGAGGCUAAAGGCCAGCGCUCGCCUCAAAUCUCGUCAGCUGCGCAGUGGCAGGCGCACCGACACCGGCCGCUCGUCCGGUUCGUCGUUAGCCGUUAGCAGGUCACUUCUGGGAAACUUUGAGGAGUCCAUCCUGAAGGGUCGGUUCUCUCCAUCAGGACGAAUCGAGGGUUUCACAGCUGAGAUUGGGGCGAGCGGAUCGUACUGCCCCAAACAUGCCACCCUACCUGUACAGGUGACCUACUACGACACGUCCGAGCACAGCGCGCCCUCGCCCUUCCUGGGUGUGAUCUCACUGGAGCCCCUGGGAAAGAAAGGAUACAGUGUACCUAAAGCAGGGACCAUUCAAGUGACCUUAUUCAACCCCAAUAAGACUGUGGUGAAGAUGUUCCUGGUGACCUAUAACUUUGGGGACAUGCCUGUCAAUCACAUGACCUUCCUGCGCCAUCGAAUCUUCCUGGUGCCUGUGGAGGAAGAGGUGGAGUCAGGGGCGAGGACGGAAAGCUCCACCUCCGACAGGAAGAAGAUUCUAUGCUAUCUGAUACACCUUAGAUUCCACAGCUCCAAAUCUGGAAAGAUCUACUUGCACAACGAUAUCCGGCUGCUAUUCUCCCGCAAAUCCAUUGAGGUGGACACGGGGAUCCCUUACGAACUCAAGUCCUUCACCGAGGUGCCAAGAAACCCCAAAUACUCCCCGCGAGUGUGAUCCUGACAAGCUGCACGAUGGACUUGUAGGAAAAAAAAUUAAAAAUUAAAAUCUUUCUGACUUGAGAACAGCGGAACCACACACACACUUGAUCUUGAACACGCUCGCACACACUCGCACACAGGAUACACCAGAAUGACGUAGCUUUGUAACUGAAGAGUUUUCCCCUAGACAGGAAAUGUGUUUUGCUCUUCCUAAGCCCCGCCCACUUGAGACUGUCGACCAGUCGCAGCCAGGCACGCUGACCUGGUCGGCCAAUCGGACCGGGUGUCUGCUUGUAGGAGUGGAGGAAGGGGGACUGUAGGGAGUCUGUAAGUGGAUUCGGGACGUGGCCUACAGACUCGUUUCUGAUUUCUUGUCAUCUGUAAUGCCACUCGAUUACCAGAGCAGCUUCAGAGAAGGAACUCGAGCAACAAACAAGGAGCUCGUAUGGAGGGGAACCGGACUCGGGAUCUAAUAUCGGAAUGUAGACAGAGAGGAGGACAUUUUAACUAACUGUGUUAGCAUUAACAAAAUGUAUCGGGAGCGCAGGACGCUACAAAACCGGACUCGAGCAGGAAUUGCCACCUGCAGGCCGGCUUUAGUACUGCAACAACAUUAAUAACAAAGGCCUUUAAAUAAUAACAGUGGCACUAUAUAAAUACGCCAAAUGUCAUGUAGCAAGCUGAGUUUGGGAUUCAGCUACAACAACACGGCUUUACUGUUACACAACUUGUUCACUAAAGCCCCAGUGUACACUCACAGCCCUCUACAGGCCGGUGUUAGUACUGUGACCACAAUACGUAUUUUGUCUUUGAUUAUGGUUUAAGCUAGCAGGCUGGAUAAAGCAGUUUGUUUUGAGGUGACUAUUUAAAAAAAAAAAAGUCAGUAAACUCUGAGGAUGUUAAUUUGGACUUUUCCUGAUUAGGGAACUUUGUAUUUUGCCUUUAUAGAAUCAGAAAUCGCUGCCACCUUCAGGCUAGCUUUAAUACUGCACCACAAACAAAGGGCUUCGAAUAGCAACUUCGGUACUCCGUAAAAACACGAAAUAAUAAUUUGUGUAGAGUUAGCGAACUCUGUGAUCUGUUUUGAUUUUUGUUGAUUGUCGCUUAUGGAGCAGAAUUUGAUGUUUAGAUCCAGUGGCUAAAUUUGACUUUCUUGAAAUGAUGGAAAUGAACGUGAAACUCUAAUCAGAACAGCUUUGGUACCGUGACCACAGCGGAGAAAUCGUAGUUCAAAACGUUUAACUCGCAGAGCGUUUGCAGACUCCGAGGGCAUCCGUUUUACAAUUUAUUUUUGCACAUAUUCUGAUCAUGAAUCUCCCUUUACAGUCAAACACUUCCAGCGACGCUACGUUACCACGCAAAAACGCACGUUAGCUGAAAGUUAGCAGACUUUCUCAGCGCUCGGACUUUUUCCUACCAGACAGAGCCUUAACUCAAAUUCCAUCCCAUCCUUCCGUUUAAACAACGCACUCAUGGUCACUAACUCAAAAGUCCGAGUCCAGGCUGUUGUAGCGUCGGUGCCCCCUGCAGGACCCGAGCGGUAGUGUUCAUUUAACUUCCUAACCACGAAAAAAAAAAUGAGUGAGUGUAAUAUGCUGCACACUUAGAGGGCUGUGUGUUAUUUUUUUUCUUCGGGAGGGUUAAAGUGUGGACUGGGAGGGAGGGAGGGAGGGUGUGGGGUAUUUAAAAUCAGAUGAUCUAUAUGUAUAUUUUAAAGAUAAAAAUAAAAGUUUGUGGCUUGUGGGUAAAAUCUGCUCUCUAGCCAUGUCUUCAUGAAUAUAAUGAUGCUCUGAGAUGUGAAAAGCACCCUGGGUGCAGUUAUUUGAUUAUAUUUAUUAAACACACACACACACAGACACACACAGGUAAAUCAUCUACAAUCCCAUCACAUAACCACACCCAUCCAUUCAUCUAUUCGUUCUUCAUUUGUUAUCGGAUUCUUUGGGGAUUUUUUUGUGGUGUCUCAGGAGGAUAAUAAUUACAUCCCUUCAUUUAUUAAAACACUUUUACCACAUCCCUUCAUUUAUUAAAACACUUUCACCACAUCCCUUCUUUCAUUGAUCCAUUAAUCACUCCAUUUUCUUCUAUCAAUAAUUAAUCUUUCUGUCACCACUCGGUGCAUCACUCCUUCCAUCCAUCCAUCCAUCCAUUAUUAAUACAUCUGUUCAUCCCUUACAUGUUCUUCUGUCAAUCCUUCCCAUUCAUUCAUCUCUCGGUUUAGACUUUAAUUCUGUCUGUCUGUCUGUUUUGGGUUUUCAUUCCAGUGGAGCAGAAGCCACAGCUGUUAAUUCCUGUGUCCCAGCCUCCUCUCGCUCGGGGUUUGGGGACGAGGCUGGAGUGAAGACCUGCAGCUACACCGGGACGCUGUGUGGAUAAAAGCUGAGAGUGUCAAAAUGAUGGAAGCAACUAACAUUCUUAAACAUAAAUAAAUAAACAUAUAAACAUCCCAAAACACUCUUCUGCAUUUCCAAAUCUAGACUGUAGUGAAAUAUUUGAAAGAAGUAAUAAAGAUUGAACAGGGCGUGUAGCUGACUAAAACUGCUCUAGUGAGAUAUCCAACUACUACUGAUCUAUUUUGUCAUUUUUAUGACACAACUAAACAAACAAAAAUCUGUCUUUUGUAUCACUGUACACACCAAAGUAUUGAACUGCAUGAUUUAGACCUUUUAUUUGAUUUUUUCCCUACAAAAUGGAGGUAAAAAUAAACAAAUAAAUAAUAAACAAACAAGCAAACACAAAUAAAAACAACAACGAUAAUAUGAGUUUAUUUCAUUCUUUUGGUUUUGCAUAAUUUACAUGUGCACAGGAAGUGAUACACUGAUCACACAUCACAUUAAAAGUAAACAAAUGAAAACGGUUAUUAUGAUCUUUUUUUAGGAUGUCAAAGCGGAUGUCAUUACUGUAAAAUAAAAUAAAAAAAAAAAAAGAAAAUGCAAAGAGAACGAAAGUUAAAAGAGUAAGCUCGUGAGCGGAAGUGACGUCUUCGAGUCAGCGCUUCCCGAAAUAAAGCCGUUCGAGUCCAGAAACUUAGGAGUCGACUCCUAUAAGAUUCGAAGAGUUGGUCACCGAUGGAUAAAAUGUUGUGUCAGUGUUUAAUAAAUAAAAAUGUAUCUGUUGGUCAAUUGCUGUAGCAUAAGAGGAAUAGAACACUUGUAGUCGUGCUGAUAAAGGAAAACAAUCAGCUUCAGGGUGCUAACAGUAAUCUGAAUCUUAAACCGGAGUAAGAUAAACUGCCGAGUCGACUCUUGUUUCGACUCGGUUUUUUUGGAAUCGACUCUCGGCGCUAGAAAGGAGAUGACGUCACCGACCCGGUGCCCCGGUUAGUCGCGCGCGAAGCGGGAAAGCAUUGGGAGGGGGUGAGCUGUUCUCUAACCGGAAGAAAGUGUGUGAGUAAGAAAAAGCGCCGAAAAUCAACC